UUAUUUAAAAAACGUAAUUAAAAAAUAUCGAAUAAAUUAGAGAAAGAGCAAUAAAUAAUAUUUAUUUUUAAUUUGAUUAAUUAGAAAAAGAUUUUCAUAAAUUAUUUUUACAUACAAUAUUAAAUAGAUGUAGAACAAUUUAAUCAAUUAAUUAUAUGCUUUCUUUAAUUAACGAUUUUUAUAUUUUAGUAUAAAGAAAAUAAAUAAAAACAAAAUUAACUUUAGUAAAAAAUUAAGAUUUAGAAAGGCUAUUCAAAACUGAAUUAGAUAAAAAAUAUUAAGUUUAAAGCUGGCCUUUUAUUCCUUAAUUUCAUAGAAAAUAUUAAGGAAUAUAUAAUUAUUUUCCUGAACCAGAGAAAGACAAUGAAUAAAUAUAAAAUAUUCUACUAUCAGAAAAAAAAAAUACAAUUUGCUCUGAUAAUUGUGCUUGUAUGAGUUUAGAAACUUUAGGCGAUUUUUCUUUAGAAAAUGCGACAUGGAAUUCUGAAUGUCCAAAUAGAAAAGAAAGAAUGGAAUGUCUACAUCAUGAAUGUAAAAAUGCCUAAGGAAGGCUAAAACUUUAAAAAAUUAUAGAUUAAGAUGUCCAAGAAACCUUAUGUUGGGGAAUUGAUUUAUACACAAAAAAGAAUCUGCAUUAUAUUUUACAUGAAAAUGAAUGUGAUAUAAAAAAACAUAAUUUUAUCCAGAGGUCUCUUUUAAAAGCUGCAAAUUUAUGUGGGAAUAAUGGAUGGGAUAUGUAGAAAGUUUGCGAAUUUAUUAUAUAGAAUAGUAAGAAAAAAGAUGAGGAAAAUAACAAGGAUUAUAUUUUUAAUAAUUAAGAUAGAAAAUUUUCCAAAGUAAUUCUUAAAACUCUCAAAAUAAAUGUUGACCCAGAAGCUUUUAGAAUUCAUUCUAAAGGAAUGGGAGUUAUUUGUUUGAACCGUUAAGGAAUAGAAAAAAAUGAUCUCAUUAUAUAAUAUUUUGGAGAAAUUUAUAGACCUUAUAGAUGGUUUGAAAGAUAAGAUUUCGUUAAAAAAUUUAUGAAAGAAAAUAAUUAAAAAGAUGUAUUACCUGAUUUUUAUAAUAUAAUGUUAGAAAUACAUAAAAAUGAUCCUAAAGGAUAUGAUAUUUUAGUAAAAAAAUAAAAAAAAUAAUAAAAUAAUAUAAAAAAGUAUGUAGAUCCUAUGUAAAAAGGAAAUUAUUCAAGUAGAUUAAGUCAUUCAUGUGAUCCUAAUUGUGGUACAGUAGCCACAAUUAGUGAUGGAAAAUAUAAUAUAUCGAUGUAUGCAAUGAAAUCAAUAGAAUAUGGCGAGGAACUAGCUUUUGACUAUUCAGCAGUAACAGAAAGUAAAUAAGAACAUAUGUAGGCGACUUGCUUGUGUGGAACAUAUAAAUGUAGAGGGAAAUAUAUAGAAUUUAGUAAUAAUAAUUUAAAAGAAUAUAAUUUUAUAUUGGAAAAAAUGCAUUGUUUUUUAAAAAGAAAUUCAGAUUUAUUAAGAUGUUCAAAUGAAAUUUUAAAUUCGGAAGAUUUGAAACUUCUUGAAAAACAUAAUAUGAGAAAAAAUAUAACAGAAAAUUGCCCUUCUUGGCUUAUGAAGUGGAUUUCGAUAAUUUUGAAGACUAUAGAUGAAGAAAAAAGUCUAUUUUUGGAACAUUAAAUGAAUACGAAUAUUUUUUUAUUGCAUUCUUAAAAGGAGUUGAGGGAUUUAGAAGAAAAAAAUGAAGAAGAAGAUUAGAGUUUAUAAAUAAAAAAAGAAGAAAAAAUAAAAGAAAUUUAAAAGCAUGUUUAGUUUAUUAAUUAUUUGGCGAAUUCUAAAGUGGAAAAUAGAAUUUAGAAUUUGGUUAUUUCAAUUGAUAAAGUUAAGUAUUUUCUUAAAAAAGUAAAUGAUUUUUAAGCCCCUUUAGAUUAUCUUAAUUUUGAUUAGAUUUUUGAGAAUCUAUGCGGAAAAAAUAAAGAGUCUAUACUUGAUGAAAUAUAUGAUUUAAUUACUUCUUAUAAAAAUUAAUGUGGAUAAAUAUUAGUUUAUUUUAAUAUUUUUAGAAAAUCUUUUUUGCCUAAAUAUGCAUCUAUUUCUAAAAAAUAAGGGCUUUUGGCUUUUAGGUUGUUCUGCUUGAAUAUAAGUGAGUUUUUUAAAAAAAUACAAAGCAAUUUUCAUUCUAGUGCAACUUUUAUUACUUUGUAUUUUUAUUCGUUUACUCAUACUUAUUUCACUCCGCAUGAAUAUGCGAGUGUUUGUAGCGAAAAAAUGAAAAUUUCAGAAACUGAAAUGUAAAAUUUGCAUCUUUUGGAUACUGAAAAGAAAAAAAAGAAACAUUAUGAAGAAUAGAGAAUUUAUUCACCUUAAUUUAUUUGGGGAUAACUUACUGUUUGGUUUAAAUAAACUAUCGCAUCACCAUAGGCUACUCUUUCUCAAGAUAGGAGAGGUACUCUUUCUUUUCCUUCAAUUAAUUAGAGCUUUAAAACAGAUUGUUUUAAUUUUCCUUUUUAAGAAAAAAAUGAUGUAUGA